AUGGCAUCAUGUGGCGUAAUCCAGGAUAAUCCAGCUGACAUCAUUUCCAGAGGAAUAAAAGUUAAAAUGUUCAAUUAUUCACAUAUAUGGUUUUUUGGUCCACUCUUUCUUCAUGGAGGCAACGAAUUUUGGCAACAGCCAAACCCAAAGGCAUUUAACAUCUCAACUGAUAUCGAAAGACGACAAGGACAUACAGUUAACAUUAUCAUUCAAACGACUGGUUCUGAUCACAUGAUAAAUCAAAUUGAUCAUCGAAACUCAUUCAGAUACCUCCAAAGAACAAUUGCUUAUGUUCGCCGUGUAUUUCAUCGCACACAAUCACCAACAAGAAAACUUUCUCCAAAGGAAUUACGAGAUGCAUUAGUCUUCAUAAUUAAAACUAUUCAGGGCUCAGAAUUUGCAAAGGAAAUCUCUGACUUAAAACAAUGUAAAGCAAUCAACAGUUCGAGUCAACUAAAUACUUUAGCACCGUUCAUUGACGAACAAGGUGUACUUCGUGUUGGAGAAAGGCUUGAAGCAUCAACAUUGCCAUAUGAUGCUAAACACCUAAUGGUAAUUCCUUACAAUCACUCAAUAGUGAAAUUGAUGUUCAAAAUGAAACAUGAAGAAAAUUCCCAUUGUGCUCCACAAUUAUUGCUAAGCAUAAUGAGACAAAACUUCUGGCCGAUUAAAGGAAAGAUUAUGGCGCGAAACAUUGUUCACAGCUGUGUCAUCUGUUCAAAGGCAAAACCAAAACUGAUGGACCAACUCAUGGGCAACUUAUCGACUGAUCGAGUUACUCUGACUAAACCAUUUUUUACCACAGGAGUUGAUUACUGUGGUCCGAUAUGGAUUCAUUAUAAAAUUAGAGGAAAAAGGCCAACAAAGGCAUAUUUAGCAGUAUUUUGCUGUUUCGCGACUAAGGCUGUUCACCUAGAAGUGGUGAGUGACCUGACAACAGAGGCAUUCAUAGCCGCUAUUCAACGUUUUAUCAGCAGAAAAGGAAGAUGCCAAACAAUUUAUAGUGACAAUGCGACUAACUUUGUUGGGGCGAGAAACCAACUACAAGAGCUCCAGUCUACCAUUUAUUCAGAAAAUGGUAAAGAAAAGAUCAUUAAGACCAGUAGUAACAAGGGAAUUGACUUCAACUUCAUUCCACCAAGAGCUCCUCAUUUUGGAGGACUCUGGGAAGCUGCCGUCAAGUCAGCUAAACAUUUAAUGAUUAAAGGAAUUUUCAACGCUUCAUUGACUUAUGAAGAAUUGACAACAGUCAUAACUGAAAUAAAAGCCAUGUUAAAUUCAAGGCCAAUAACAAAAAUGUCAUCCGAUCCAAAUGAUCUAACAGCGCUUACACCAGGACACUUUCUCAUAGGCGAACCACCUACCACUAAUGUGGAUCCCUAUCAAAAGGAGAGCCGAAUGAGUUUAUCAUCACGAUGGCGUCUAGUUUCUGAACUCAAACAAGAAUUCUGGAGAAGAUGGUCAAAGGAAUAUCUCAAUGAACUCCAAUCAAGGUACAAAUGGAAACAACAAAAGGCAAAUCUAUGCCAAGGUGAUUUAGUCAUUAUUAAAGAUGAUAAUCUACCCAUGUACAAAUGGCCUCUUGGCAGGGUGCAACAGGUGUAUGAAGGAGAAGAUGGCUUGGUCCGUGUAGCUGACAUAAAAACAGCCAAUGGGAUUUUUAAACGACCAUUACGAGCAUUGGCCCCCCUACCCACUGAAGGCAGCAUUAAUCAAAAUCCAACAAAACAAAAUUCUACUGUCACACAAACAAGACGAACGAAUGAACCUAGUGAAGUGUUGCCAAAGCGUCGAAAGAUAUAUGAUGGCACAUCUUUAAUGAUGACCAAUAUUGACAAUAUUGUUAUGACGAGACACCAAUCAGCCAGAGGAGCUAUCAAUAUAGUUGGAAAUAUUGCUAACAAAUUAUUUGGUGUUUUAGAUUCAGAAUAUGCUGAAACGAUUUCUAAAACUCUAACUCAAAUCAGCAAUAAUGAAGAUGUACUAUCAAAAAUGAUCAAAAAUCAGACUACAGUCAUGGACUCAACGCGAAAUAUAUUCAGCAAAACUACAGAAGCCAUUGCAGUUAAAAUGAAUCAACUACAAGAUGAGACAAACAAAAUAGUAGAUUACACUAAUCAUAAUAUGUACUAA